AUGACGAGCGUUCCCAUAAACCCAAAACCAUUCCUGACUGGGCUCACUGGCAAACCCAUCCUCGUCAAAUUGAAAUGGGGCCAGGAAUAUAAAGGCUAUCUCAUGUCUGUAGACGGCUAUAUGAACAUUCAGGUAUCAUCUGGGUUGCUACGCUCGUCGUAUUUGUCGACAUCAAUUAUUGGAGCUCAAGAAAAUCUUGCAAACACUGAAGAAUUCGUGGAUGGAGCUUCAACUGGCGUGUUGGGCGAAGUCCUCAUAAGGUGCAAUAAUGUCCUGUAUAUUAAACAGAUAGAUGAAGAAGGAAUGGAUACUGGUCGAGGUUGA